AUGGCGGCUCGGCGGCGGGAAAGGCGGGAAGUCUCCUCGCUCCCGCCGCGCUCCCCCUCUCCCCAGGCGCCGUGCCAGGGCCGAACGUGCGCCAUCGUCGGGCGGGAAGGCCGUGGUUACCAGGGCAACCGGCGGCGGCGACGUCAGCCGGGCGUCGGAAGGCCCCUCAGGCCUCGGGCUCCGUGCUCAAAAGGCAAUUCGGCCAACGGGAGCGCCCGGGAGGCGUCCUUGGCAUCGCCGCCGUGGUGGGGGGCCUGGUCCGGGGCGGCGCUGGCCUCUCAGGCGCUGCUGCUGCUGCUGAUCUUCGCCCUCUCGGCCCUGGGCAACGGGGCGGUGGUCGGGGUGAUCGCCCGGCACCGGCCUCUUCGGACGGUGACCAACGCCUUCGUGCUGUCGCUCUCGCUGGCCGAGCUGCUGGGCGCUUUGCUCUGCCUGCCCUUGGCCUUCUUCAGCCUGCUGAGCGGGAGGCCCCACGGCGCCUGGCUCUUCGGGCCCAGGCUGUGCUUGGCCAGCGCCGCCCUCCACGCCGGCUUGGGCAUCGCCGCCACCCUCACCAUGGCCUUGCUCUCUUUCGACCGCUACUGUGCCAUCGUCCGACAGCCCCGACGCAAGAUGGGGCGCCGGAGGGCCGGGCAGCUGCUGGCCGCCGUCUGGUUGGCCGCCCUGGGCUUGGCCGGGCCUUGGUACCUGCUGGCCAGGGAGGAGGACAAGGAGGAGCAAGAAGAGGAGGAUCGGGCCCCGGGAUCGGGCCCGGCCACCCCCACGGCCACCCCGGCCGCCUACCACUGCAUGUACGCCCUGCCGUGGGGCUCCUCGCGCCUGGGACCCCCUUACGGCGCCACCUUGAUCGUCCUGUGCUACCUGCUGCCGUUCGCCCUCAUGUGCUUCUGCCACUACAACAUCUGCCGGGCGGUGAGGCUCUCGGAGAGCAGGGUGCGCCCCCUCACCACCUACGGGCACUUGCUGCGCUUCUACGGCGAGAUGCGAACUGCCACCACCGUCCUCAUCAUGAUCGUCUCCAUCAUCUGUUGUUGGGGCCCCUAUUGCGUCUUGGGCCUGGCCGCCGCCACCGGGCACUUCUCCUUCUCGCCCGCCACGGACACCGUCGCCAGCUGGAUGGCUUGGGCCAACGGCGCCAUCAACCCUCUUAUCUACGCCGCCCGGAACCCCAACAUCUCUAUGUUGCUGGGGCGCAACCGUGAAGGCGGGUACAGGACGAGGAACAACGUGGCCGCCUAUUUGGCCACCGCCCAAGGUCGCCGCCGCCUGCAGGCCAAGAGUCGGGCCGAGCACUACGCCAGCCGUGGGCCGGGCAGUGGGGUUACGGCUAGAAGUACCCUCACCUCCUCCAGCCCAGCCAGCGGUGGCGAGGUGGCCAUGUGGGCCUGUAAGAAUCCAGCUCUGCUUUUCUGCCGCGAUGGCCAGCCUGACACACUUUCUGAGGUUGGCACCCAUCUCAAACUGGACACGGUCGAUACUAGCCUUUGAAACAAAAAAGGUGGCGUGGGGGGCACAGUGGGAGGUGCUGCCCAGUAUUGCCAGCAUUGGAAGGCCAUUGGAAGCUCAGAAGCCCAAAUAUUGUUUCUCAGCAGGAAUUUAUAACAAAUUCCAAAACAUCUCUGUUAGCGCACAGGCAAAUAUGGACACACUGAAGGAAAUGGGUGAGCGGAGUCUCAGGUCCUUGAAGGUGGGUUGAUUUUAAAGUGAGGUGGAGUAGCUGCCGCUCUUGAUGGCUGAGUAAUUUGGAUCCAGCUACUUUCCUAGAUCUUUUGAGACCUGGGGUUUAAAAGGUGCGUGCAGAAACUACCGAGUAAUGCAGUGAGCACAGUACUAGGCUGAAGGGAUAAAAUGAGGCAGUCAGUGAGGGUUCUGCCACAAUCCAUGUCUCUCAUCUCUGCUUAACAAAAAAAGAAAGAAAAAAGGUUGGCAUUGUAGGAUCAUUUUGGCUCUUGAAGAUUUGCAGUGCAGCAGCAUAGAGUGCAUGUGUGAAAGAGAGGGACUUUCUUUGCUCUUUGGUGGAGACGUCACAGACAAUGCCCAGUCAGUGCUUGAGACAUUUCUGCAGAUUUCAUUUUACUAUUCCAAGCAUCCUCCCUGCUAUUUUACUACUCCAAGGCAAUUUGGGAAUUAUAGACCAAAUCCCAAAUAUUUCCAGGCUCUUCUCUGAAGUCAUCCUGUAUUUGGUGAGCCAUACUCCCAAGUAAGCAUGCAUUAGCAGGUUGUAAAAUAAUUGCUGGAUAGCUCAGUGGUUUAAGUGCCUGGCUGCAGAGCCAGAGAGUGGUAGUUCAGUUCCUCACGGU